UUUCACGCCGACGAAGAAGCUGCGAUGCGCAAUCAUUGGGGCUGGCUUUUCAGGUAUGAUGAUGGCCCACAAGCUGCAGUAUAAGUACGCCGAAGAGCUUGGUAAACUUCUCGACUUCGUUAUAUACGAAGCACGAUCUACCGUCGGAGGGACCUGGGACGCUAACACUUACCCCGGCGUGCGAUGUGACGUGCCGUCUGCUAUUUAUUGUUUUCCGUUUGAGCCAUAUCCAGAGUGGUCGCAUUUCUUCUCUAGGGGCGAGCAAAUCCAGGAGUACUUCCAGAUGGCAGUUAAGAAGUGGAAGCUGGAUGAGCAUAUCCUGUUUAAUCACCGAGUCCAGGAUGCCACGUGGAUCGAAGCCAAGGCACAGUGGAAGCUGGUCGUCCAGCACGAAGGCCGCGAAAUCGUGGAUCAUGUCGAUAUUCUGAUAUCGGCGCGCGGUUUUCUCUCAAGCUGGCACUGGCCCGAAAUUUCCGGCAUUCACGACUUCGCCGGGAAGAAGGUUCACAGCGCAGAUUGGGAUCACUCUUUCGACUAUUCCCACAAGAGGAUUGCCGUGAUAGGGAAUGGCUCAUCGGGCAUACAGAUCUUGCCUGAAAUGGCAAAGCUUGAGGGCAGCGAAGUCAUUAGCUUUCAGAGAAGUCCGACAUGGAUCGUAUCGAGGCAUGCGCCUGCACGGUUGCUGGGCAGAGACGAUCCGGAUCCGAACCCAGCGUAUACGGAAGAGGACAAAGCGAAGUUCCGAGACCCAGAAGAAAUGAGGAAGUACCGCAAGGCUGUCCAAGCAGGCGUAAACAAGGGCUUCAAGCUGUUCGUAAAGGGCUCCGACUACAAUUCCGAAAUGACAACGUUCGCCACGAAGCAAAUGUCGGAAAAGCUCAACAACGAUACUGAAUUGUGCGAGAAGCUGAUUCCAAAGUACGAGUUGGGCUGUCGCAGAAUCACUCCUGGAACUGGCUAUCUCGAAGCUUUCACGCAGUCGAAUGUGAAGCUGGAGAACAACGAGAUCUCACACAUCUCAGCCAAGGGCAUACACACAAAGAAGGGCGAGUUCCACAAGCUCGAUGUGAUCGUCUGCGCCACAGGCUUCGACAUCAGCCAAGUUCCGAACUUCCCGUUGAUCGGCCGAGAUGGAGUCAGCCUUGCAGAGAAGUGGAAGGAUGAGCCGGAGAGCUAUAUGUCGCUUGCCUGCCCCGAUAUGCCAAACUUGUUCUUUUUCACGGGACCCAACGCUACAGUAGGCCAUGGUUCGCUCAUCUUCAGCCUGGACUGGUCUGCCGAGUGGAUGAUUCGUUGGAUCCAGAAGAUGGCAUACGAGGAUAUCGCAUCGAUAGCGCCGAAGCAGGAUGUGGUCGAUGAGUUUGUCCGAUAUGGAGACCAGAUCCACAAGACAUUGACGUGGACGGGAGGUUGUCGGUCGUGGUACAAGGCAAACCGCGUCAACGGUAGAGUCACUGCGACGUUUGCCGGAUCUGCCAUAUUGUACGAGAAGCUGGUGAACGGCAGGCUCCGUCCGGAAGACUUUGAGAUCCGCUAUCGCAGUGCCAAUCGCUGGCGGUUCCUCGGGAACGGCUUCACCGAUUACGAGCUCCAGGAGGACAACGAUCUCAGCUAUUACGUCCCAGAGGUCGGUGAAAUAUAG